AUGUCUACUACUCUCAUCUUCGGAGGCAGCGGCAAGGUUGCCCGCCAUCUCACAAAGCUGCUCUCCGCAGAGCCGGGUGCGACGGUGUACAGCAUCAUCCGCAACCCCGCCCAGGAGGCCGAACUCAAGGAGCUAGGCGCCAGCCCAAUUAUCCAGUCCGUCGAAGACGCGCUCGUCACAGAGAUCACGGCCACAAUCGAGCACACUCAGCCCGAUGCCAUCGUCUGGUCCGCCGGCGCAGGCGGUGGCAGCGCCGAGCGCACCAAGGCAGUGGAUCACGAGGGCGCGGUCAAGGUCUUUGAUGCGUUUGCUGCCGCGACUACCGGAAAGCCCAAGCGAUUCGUCAUGGUGAGCGCUGUGGACGUCAGGGACCGCGAGUCGAAACCUACGCCGGAUUGGUAUAAACCCGAAGACGUGAAGAGAAGCGAGGCGGCGUGGAAGGCCAUCGGAACAUAUUACAAGGCCAAGUUGGCCGCCGACAAGGACCUUGUCAGUCAGAAUGGCAAGCGUGGGCUUGACUAUACCAUUCUUCGGCCCGGGUCACUUUCGACAGAACUAGGAACCGGCAAAGUCAGGGCUGGAAAGGUGGGGAUGCAAGGAGAAAUCCCCAGGGAGGACGUGGCGGGCGCUAUUCUCGCAUGUUUAAGGAACAAGGAUACCAUUGGCCUCGCAUUCGAUUUGCUCGGACCGGGUGAAGGAGACUUGACUAUCUCCGAAGCCAUCGCCAAAGUUGGAAAGAAUAAGGAAGACACGUUUGAGGGAUAUCACUAA